UCAGUCCGAUGCCUAUCCCUGAAUUUCUAUCCUGAAGUUCUUUUUAAAAAAGAAACCUCUUAUUAAUUACAGUGUUCAUUUCAAUUAGAAAAACAUAGUUGACUUAAUAAAUUUAAUUGAGGAAGCACAGAGCAUUAUAGCCCCGUAUUAGUGAAACUCUGAACACUUCAAAUGUUUCAGAUGCCAUUAAGACAGACUAGCAAUUCACAAACCCUUUUAACCUAAUAAAUACAAAGCAUAGAGCGCCAAGAUACAUCAAAACACUCUAAAUGUUUUAGGCUCCAUUAAUGAGGAAUCUUUUAACCUCCUAAGUUGAUUCACAAACCAUAAAACAAUAAGGUCCUUCGCAAAUCCAUUUUAAAAGAAAUUAUUUUCACCAGUAUGAAAUGUGUAUUUUUGCAUUGAAUCAAAGGAUCUACAUGCACCUAACUACCUGAGUUUGCCAGCACCUUUUCUUUUCUUUUUCAUUUUUUUGUCCUAUAGGCACUUUGUUCAGCUGAGCAAACGGGAGCUGAGCUUACAUUGCAUCGACCAACGCCAGAUGGAGACGGUGGCUCCUGUAGCAAAAACAAUUAACUUGUCAAGUGGAGAUGCAGUUGUCAGCGAGGAGGAUGGUUCUGGCACCUUCAUGCUUCGAACAAAGGAAGCCAAGUACUUAUUCCGAAUACCCUUUACUGUCCAGAACAACAAACUAGAGGACAUUACCAAGCUCCGAAAUGAGUGGAUGCUGCUCAUAGACAGAUACUGCUCAUUGCCAAAGGCAGAAUCCCUGACUCAGGGGAACGUCUCAGAUGCAGUGUGUGAGGAAGCUCACUGUUUAAAUGAAGGGAAGAUGGAACAGCCCAUCUGUUUCAGUCUGGAAUCUCCUACAGCUCCAGAGGCUGUGACCUUAGCCCACACGCUCCAGGAGAACCGUCCUUUGGUUUCAGCAUUGGGUCAGCUUCCUGGAAGAACGGCAGGUGGGAAAGCCCCGCCUCCUUUUCCCAAGUUGUCCAGCCAGCCUCCAACAUCAACAAGAACAAAGGCGUUCCACUGGGAAGUAGUUCCUCAGGAAAAGAUAGAGAAAUCAAUCUGGACAUCCUGCCACCUGGGCCAGAAAACCAUAGAUGUGGCUCGGCUUCACAACCAGUUUCGUAUUCAAGAAGUGGUGGGAACUCAUGGCAAUGAGCCUCUCCUGACACAACAAAUCAUGUUAAACCCCAAAAUUGCGCAUAACUUCAACAUUUUUCUUAAAAGUUUCCGCAUAAAGCCAAGCCAGCUGAAAGAAAAAUUAUACAUUAUACAUGAAGACAGUGGUGGACUUAGCAUUGAGCAGAUUACAGCACUAAGAAGAUACCAGCCCACCGCGAAAGAUAUAGAAAUGUACACGUCGUUCAAAGGGUCUCCUUCAGAACUGCAUCUUGUGGAUCAAUUUAUGCUAGAAAUGUGUAAAAUACCUAAUUUAUGCAAGAAACUUGACCUCUUGCAUUCCAUUCGUGAACUGCCAGAAUCCAUGGCUGAACUGGGGCCACUCAUAAACCAGAAGAUCAGGGCAUGCAAACAGCUGCAGGACAACCUGAGAUUUGUUGCUGUGCUGGAAUAUAUCUUAGCCAUUGGGAACUACUUAAAUGAAAAUGCUGGGAGAGAGAAGGCCAAAGGCUUUCAGCUGUCUUCUCUGGCUAAAUUAUCAUUGCUACGAGGGAAGGAGAGGAAUUUCACCUUGCUCCAUGCCCUUGUGGAACAGAUCUUCUUACAUGAGCCUGAUUUGGCUACAUUUCCUCAGGAGUUGACAGAAUUUAAAGCUGUUUCUGCUGCUUCCAUCAAAGGUCUCAGUGCUGAAGUUGAAGUUUUACGGAAAGAAUUAGACAGCAUUGCUGAGUGCAGAAGACUAAUCAAACCCAAGGUUAUCAAGGCAGGAGCUGUGGAGUCACAGUUCUACAAAGAGCUGAAGGAUUUGAUUCAGGCAUAUGAAGGCGACCUUUCUCAGUUAUUUAGAAGCUGUCAAGAAAUGAAAAAGGCCUAUCACAACAUACUGAUGAAAUUUGGGGAAGCAGAAGAUCGAGACUCAGAAGAGCUUUUUGCCUGGAUUUCAACUUUUAUCAGUGAUUUCAGAAGAGUCUCAGCCGAGAUGAUACCAUGAGUGCAGUCACUGAUUCGGCAAAACUGAACAGUGUUGCCUUGAGGGUGUCGGCAGAAAUCGGAUGAUUUGUGGGGUUAUUGUUUUAGUCAUUUGCACAUCAAUGAAUUUCUGCUUGAAUGUAACUUUCUUAAUGACCUUGCAGACCCUG